AAGCAGACUCAAUUGUGCUCCAACUCCUCUUCUUCUUCCCCUACUAAUCCCAUUCAACACAACUACAACUCCAUCUAUUUUAAAAUGUUGAACUUGUUUCGAAAUCGAAAGAGAAAUGGCGCUGGUCCAACAAUCAAAAAGGCACAAAAAAUGCCAGAAUUGGAUGAUUUUUUGUCCAAUCAAGACUACGAAGGAGCAAUUUCUCUUUUAAACCAUAAACUGAAAGCAGGAAAUUUGGAUCGAGAAGAGGAAGAUUCACUCCAAUUAUGGCUUGCUCAUUGCUAUUACAGAUUGAGAAAUUAUGAAGAAGCAGCUAAUGUUUACACUUUUUUGAUGAACAAAGACGAUGCUCCUGCAGAGCUUGGAGUGUAUCUUGCAUGUUGUAAAUUCUAUCUGAAACAAUAUAUCGAGGCAAAAUCAAUUGCGGAAAAGUGUCCAAAAACUCCACUGUGCAUUCGAUUAAUGAUGAAUGUGUCACUUCGACUGAACGAUGAGAAACGAAUUUUGACUUUUCAUUCCAGUUUGGGAGACACAUUGGAAGACAGGCUAUCUCUUGCUGGAGUUAACUAUUCCAGAAUGCAUUAUCAAGAUGCAAUUGAGGUUUAUACCAGUGUUCUUCAAACUAGUCCAAACCUGAUUGGACUAAAUGUGAAUAUGGCUCUGUGCUACGCAAAAAUGGAUUAUCCCCACGUGGCUUAUAAUCUUAUCAAGAACUAUUUGAGAAACUUUCCAAACAGUCCUUUUGCCAAAAACUUACUUCUAUCUGUCCUCUACCGUACUAUCACAUCAAAAACUACGGUAGAUGAAAAGUCAGAGUUGGCAAGAAAUAUAGAUCAAGAGGGUUUAACAAUGGUUUCUGAUAUGGAAGCAUUGCUCAAACAAAAGUUGUAUCCUGAAAUUGAAUACAUAUGCAAACACAAUUUAGUUUUAUUCAAAAACUGUGAAACUGCACUUCAAGUUCUUCCGUCUCUAAUGAAACAUAUUCCGGAAGCAAGAGUCAAUUUGAUUCUAUAUCAUCUCAAUAAAAAUAAUGUCAAAGAUGCAAUAAGUUUGUGCAAGGACUUCGAUCCAGUAACACCUUAUGAGUUUCUUGUAAAAGCAUUGACAUUCUUGAGACACGGCCAGGAAACUAACUCGAGAGAACACCUGAAGAUUGCUGAAAAUUUCUUUCAAAUGGUUGGCGAGUCCGGACUUGUUCAAGAUACAAUUGCUGGUAGACAAUCAUCCGCAGCUUAUCUUUUCUUGUCGUUCAAAUUUGAUGACGUCAUAACUUAUUUAAAAUCAAUUGAAGCAUAUUUCACAAACAACGACGAUUUUCUCUUGAACCUCGCACAAGCAUAUUUGAUGUACAAAAACUAUGUAGCUGCUGAGAAACUGUUCAUUCGAGUUUCAGGUCCUGAAAGAGAUAAAAUUCUCUACAAAUCAAUGUUAGCAAGAUGCUAUGUCAGAAACAAGAAACCUCAAAGCGCUUGGGAUAUGAUGCUGAAAACCAAUAAUCCAUCGGAUCGAAUGAGUCUUCUCAAAGUUAUAGCACAAGAUUGUUAUAUUGCAAAUGAAUUUUAUUACGCAUCGAAAGCGUUUCACGAGAUUGAGAUAAGUGAUCCUACAACUGAGAACUGGUCUGGGAAACGAGGAGCUUGUGCUGGGUUAUUCAGACAACUGGCCAAUCACAAAACUGAUCCAAUUCUGAUAAGCCAGAUGCGAGAAGUAGUUCAUUUGGUUGCAAUGAAGCCGCAUUCAAAUUGUGAAUUCCUAUUGAAAGUUGUCCGCAAUUGGGCCGAAACGCAUAACGUUAAUAUCAUCAAUUAAAUGUGAUAAUGUAUUUCUGAAUAAACUGGUUUCUU